UGCGGGUAGCAGUGCGCAUGCGCGACGGCCUGCUGCAGGGCAAGGUCUUGGCGGCGCGUUCGGUGGUGGUGCCGCCCGUGCCCCGCGGCUUCGAGAGGGUGAUGCCGCGGGCAAGAGACAGGCGAAUGAAUGAAGAGAAAGCCAAAGACUCCAGAUCAUCAGCACCUCAAGGUCCAGUGAAAGUUGAUAAGAGUGGUUCUGUUCUGGUAGCCAUUCAUGCUAAACCUGGAGCCAAAGUAAAUGCUAUAACAGAUGUGUCAGAAGAAGCAGUUGGUGUAGCUAUUGCAGCCCCACCGUCCGAUGGAGAAGCCAACACAGAGCUGACUGGCUACCUUGCCAAGGUGUUGCAGUUAAGGAAAAGUGAGGUUGUUCUAUACAAGGAAGGGCCAUGCUGCUGGGACAUUCAGGCAGCUCAGCUCAUUAUUCCAUCUGGCUGUUAUAUAAGUUACCAGCACAUCUCCUGUAGCAUUACUUGCAAUCAGAUGAAAUAAAUGAGGUGUGUGAGCAUAGAUACCUCUCCCUGCUGCUACACGCCCCUGUAACGGUGAGUACUGCCUUUGCCUCAGGAUCAUGGGAUUUGUGAAAUGCUGAUUAUGUACAAUGUGCAGUAGAGAGGCCGGCCAUUCAGCUCCUCUACUCUGUGCCAGUGCUCCACUCGCCUCCUCCCAUCUUCCACUAUCCCCCUCAUCAGCAGAUCCUGUUCCUCUCCCCCUCAGGUUUUCAUCCAGCCCUUAGACCUCUUAAUUAACACACACAGGCACGUGUUUAAAAAAGUAGCAAACUAAUACAUUCAUUGCCAGCGUUAACAAAAAUAAACAUUGAAAAGUACUGAAUAUCAUUUCAAAUGCUGUCUGUUGGUCACCUUUGUCCUGGCACACAGUCAUUGCUGUUGAUCCCAACCUCCCCCUGAGCAUGAAUCACCUGAGCUGCUCUGUCCAGUGAUCACAUGUGCCAGCACUUGGCAUAUACGUGCUGACAGUGAGAGCCUCAGAGAGAGAGAAAUGAAAGGGAAGCUAUGAUGUUGGAGCAGGGCCAGUAAAGGCUGACUUUGAGUGCUUCACUGGCCACUAAUUACCCAACCUCUCCUCUGGAAGAACUGGGCUUUAGCUUGAAAAAUAAUUCCCCAUCACUGAUAAAAAUAGCAAUGAGGAUUGUGAUCCUAAAACAUGAGCAGGAUGAUGAACAAGCGAAGCUUGAUUUAGUUUAGGAGAGGCAUACACCAAUGCAAAUUAUAACUGUGUGAGUAAGUGAGCUACCUACUUUAUCCACUUGAUUGGAUCAUUGGGUGUGAAUGUAUGAUUGGAUCUUACAACUCAAUUAAUUAAUUUUUCUCUUGUUGUGCCUUUUUAGUUUCAUUAUACUAUUUGUGUGAGCAACUGGUAUUUAAUGUUUGAUUGGUUUCUUGGUUUUC